AUGUCUACUGCUCUCACAUCUACUACUCAAGAUACACAGUACCCCCAGGAGAUCCUCUACGCCAUAUGUGCUCAGCUGUACGCUUCCUGUUUGCUCCCAGAUGAGCCUUCCCUCGACCCUCUCAUUCACGUAGAAGGUGACCUUGGGGUUCCUACCGCCCAUCCAUCGUCCGUACCUCCAGGUUACUGGCCUGAACCAGUGGUUCGUCGCACACUCGCCAACCUCUGUCUCGUCAAUCAUGCCUGGUACCAAGCUGCAAAACCAUGGCUCUGGCACAAGCUUGAAGUCCGCUUGCCUCGCACUUGGCUAUCUCUCGUCGAGGAGAUCGCAUGGAAUUAUGAUGAGGAAACCGUCGAUAGCGUAAUGGGGAAAACCAUUCAAGCGGCAACACAAGCUGCCAUUGACUCCGCGCAUGUUAUUUCCAACCAUGAGCAAGCGUUCCGCUUCGAUGAAAAUUUAUUCAACAAUUUGGAUGCACCCGAUGUUUCUAUCAGUUUGGACCUACUUUCACCUGUCCCAUCGCGAGACCCAAGUCCUCGUCGACUCAGGCCCAAGAGCAAGAGUCCUGCUCGGUGGAAGAUCCUGAGGUCGAUUAGCAACGCCAUCCAGGAUGUCAUGAAUACCAGAGCCCCUGGUGUCUACGUCCCGACUCCCGAAGAUCCUCGUCCUGGCCGCUUUGUCCGGCACCUUGAUUUCAAUCAUUUCCGCACCAUUGGUAUGCGUCGCUCUGUAGAAGAAGGUGUAAACAGUCGCUUUGUAACUGGCGACCGAGUUCAAGCCGUGCUAAAGGAAAUGCCAAAUUUAACCGCAUUUGGUGCGACGGAAUAUAUGGACGGGGCAUUGACUUUACCUGUCCUCAAUGAAUUGUUCCUGCGCGGCGCUCCUUCCGGCGGCAGAGGUCGCCCUACCCGCGGUCGUGCUCUUGUGGAGUUGCACGAUAUUGAAGAAGAAGACCGCGAACGUCGCAGAGAGUGCAAAGAUAUCGAGGCUGUCGAUUUAACAGGUUGCGUCAGCGCUGUGUUCGUCAACGCAUUCACCGACUUUGUAAACAUGCACCUUCUUCCACCACCAUCCGAUUCCGAUUCCGAAGGAGACGAGGGUGAGAACGGUGCCCGUAGGAUUCGUCAACGUAAUCUGUAUGAACCUCUUGUUUUCCCCGGUCUUCGACGGCUAGGGUUGCGUGGCGUCAAGUCCAUUUUGCCUCAAUUCCUGGGACCAUUUGUGCUAGCAUUCCCUCAUUUGACGCACCUCGACUUAUCCGGCACACGGGUCACUCCCGAAAUUCUCGAUUCAUUGGGACAAUCUUCGACACUGCGUCUCAAGUCUCUUGCCCUCGCUCGUUGUAUCAAGCUUACCAGCGAGUGUAUUACAAGUUUUUUGGUUGAUUCCGCUGUCACUUCGGAAUUAACAGAGCUCAACUUAUAUGGAGAUAUGUCGUACGGCUCUCCAAUCGUCGCAGACGAUUUGUUGAAGAUCGUUACCUUUGCGCCAUCCUUUGUCAACGGUAACUUGGUCUAUCUUGACCUUUCAAGUACGCCGAUGACUAAGGAAAUUCUGCUCAAGUUCAAGCCGCAGCUAAAACUACGGUCUUUGGGUCUUUCGCAUAUACUUCAUCUGGAACUCAAGGCAGUGGCGGAGUUCCUGAAAACCAAAGCGCCGAAUGUCGAAAUCUUGACGGUGGUUAACACCUCGCCCGAGUUGGACUGCGGACUUCGGCUACCUACUGCAGAUGCCAGAAGUGCUACACGGCAGUCUUCCAUUGCCUUGCAUACGCAACUAAUCCGGCCGCUUUGCACUCCGCCGUCAUCUUUCAGCAUUAUGCAAUCAAGUUCAUCUGCGCUGCCACCUCCGACACGGUUGCGUGUUGUCGAGUUGUCGACAGCUAUGUUGGGAGCUCUUGGCGCUGGAGCCGGUUCUUGGAGGAUUAUCAGAAGCAAAGGGGGUCGUGGAUGGUACGUCGAUACUGCCAGCGCCUGGGUUGCUGAGAAAGGGUCAGGGGCAGGAAGUGUUCUUUGCAGAGACCUUCCGCCCUCUCAUCUUUUCAGGAUUGAAAUGGAGAAACUUUCGGACGCGAAUGGCAACGUUAGCAGUGGAGUUGGAUGGCAUGCAAGAAAGAUGGAGAUCCUCCACGGUCACGGUAUGCUUGGGCGCGAAGAUGGUUUAUACGGCGCAGUGUCGUUUGCGUACCAGGGCUAG